CUCAUUUUCCCCCAAAACCCAGUCUCUUCUUUCUCUGCUACCCGCCAAAUCUCUCAAAUUAGGGCUUUUCCCCUUCCAAAUUAGGGUUCGAAAAAUGGUGCAAUUCCACGAGCACAUCAUCUCAGACCUACUCGAAGAAGAACCAAACUCAAAAAACAAUGGAGGAUUAGUAAUUUUAUCAUCUGGUCUCGCCUUACACAAACUAAUCUCAUCGUUGUUAACUCUGCAUUCAUCAUCACAAGGUACGCUUCUAAUCUUAAACUCAAAUCCGUCUCAGCGUUCAUCAAUCAUACAAUCACUCGAAUUACAAAAUUUCAGUAAUCUUCCAUUAGAAAUCACAUCAGAGUUAUCACAGAACCACCGUCAUUCAUUAUACACAUCUUCAUCGGCAUUCUUCAUCACUUCAAGAAUCUUAAUCGUUGAUUUAUUGAAUUCGAAAGUCCCGACGAGUUUAAUCGCCGGGAUUAUUAUUUUGAAUGCACAUAAUUUGACUGAGACAUGUACUGAAUCGUUCAUUGUGAGGAUAUUUAGGGGUUUGAAUAAGGUAGCUUAUGUUAGGGCAUUUAGCGAUAAGCCGAAUGGGAUGGUGUCUGGGUUCGGGAAGACGCAGCGGAUAAUGAAAUGUUUGUUUAUGAGGAAAUUGCAUUUAUGGCCUAGGUUUCAGGUUUAUGUGAGUCAGGAUUUGGAGAAGGAUCCGCCUGUUGUGAUUGAUGUUAGAGUUGGGAUGUCGGGGUAUAUGAAAGGGAUACAGAAAGCAGUGAUUGAAGCCAUGGAUGCGUGUUUGAAAGAGUUGAAGAAAUCUAAUAAGGUUGAUGUUGAUGAUUUGACUGUUGAGAAUAGUUUGUUUAAGAGUUUUGAUGAGAUUGUGAGGAGGCAAUUGGAUCCUAUUUGGCAUGUGUUAGGGAAGAAGACCAAACAGUUGGUUAUGGAUUUGAAAACGUUGAGGAAAUUGCUCGAUUAUCUUGUGAGGUAUGAUGCAGUAACUUAUCUGAAGUAUUUGGAUACUCUAAGAGUAUCAGAAGGUGUUCGGUCGAUUUGGAUAUUUGCUGAUUCGAGUCAUAAGAUAUUUGAGUUUGCAAAGAAGAGGGUUUACCGUUUGGUGCAGGCUAAUGGUGAGAAAUUGACCGUGCCAAACAAGAGUGUUGGAAACAAGAAGAAAAAAGCAAAGGAGGAUAACAGUAAUGAGAAAGAAGAGACAAACACAACUAGUGGGGUGGUUAUUGAGGAAGUUCUGGAAGAAGCACCCAAGUGGAAGGUGUUACGUGAGAUACUAGAGGAGAUUGAAGAAGAAAGACAAAAGCAAGCUAUGCCUCAAGAGGGGAAGGAUAUCACUGAUUAUGCAGAUGAUGAUAAUGGCAUUGUAUUAGUAGCUUGCAAGGAUGAACGCUCAUGCAUGCAGCUGGAAGAUUUCGUCACGAAGGGCGCACGUCAGGUCAUGCGUGACGAGUGGGAGAAGUACUUGCGGGAUAAAACAGGGUUGCACGGUCUGCAAGCACGUCAAGGAAAGAAGCCUAGGAACCCUAAGGGUGUUGGUAUACUGGAUGGAAAGGUUCCCGUAAUGUCCAGAGAGAAUGUCGGAGCCAGCAGUGUUAGUAAGCUAGAGCAUGAUGCGUUACUUGCAGCUGCCUCAUGUAUAAAGAAUUUGUCAAAAGACGAAACCGUUGCCAUUGGGGAUGAUCCACAACCACAAGGUGGAAGUAAAGGACGCGGAAAAGGAAAAGGUAAGGGUAAAAGCAAAGAAAGCCAAGGAAACACUAAAGUUUCUCCAAGUAAAGAAAUUAGUACGAGAAUAACUAGAAAGCGGAAAUCUACAAUGUCUAACGUAGACAAUGAAAGCGGAAGGAGUGAAAGUAAUACUGUCGAUUCUGAAGUUUCCCGUGAAGAAACAGAGAAAAGUGGAACUGUGAACAAAGGAGCUUUACGAAUUCAUGAGGAAGAGGUUAAUGCUGCAGAAUUUGCACAUGUCAAGCCACUUCCUAUAGUGCACUUCUUUGCUUUAGAUAGUGAUCAACAUAUUCUGGAUAUAUUGAAGCCGACAAGAAUUAUUGUCUACCAUCCAGACAUGACUUUUGUGAGGGAAGUUGAAGUUUAUAAAGCUGAAAAUCCGCUUAUGAAGUUGAAAAUUUAUUUUCUGUUUUAUGAAGAUUCUACUGAGGUGCAGAAGUUUGAGGCUAGCAUACGCAGGGAAAAUAGCGCAUUUGAAUCUCUGAUCAGGCAGAAGUCGUUAAUGAUGUUUCCUCUUGAUCAGGAUGGGCAUUGUGUUGGACCAACAACCUCUAUUGAGCCUCAAGGUCUAACUUCACAAAACUCACUGACUAGAAAGGCAGGUGGACGAAAGGAAGCAGAGAAAGUAAUGCAGGUCAUAGUUGACAUGAGGGAGUUCAUGAGCAGCCUUCCAAAUGUUCUCCACCAGAAGGGCCUGCAGAUUAUUCCAGUGACCUUGGAUGUUGGUGAUUAUGUGCUUUCACCGUUGAUCUGUGUGGAAAGGAAGAGUAUUUCAGAUCUCUUUCAAAGUUUUGCAUCUGGUCGGCUGUAUACUCAAGUAGAAACAAUGGUGCGCUAUUACCGAAUGCCCGUGCUGUUAAUUGAGUUUUCACAAGACAAGAGUUUCUCUUUUCAGUCAGCAAGUGACAUUGGUGAUGAUGUUACCCCUACAAGUAUAAUUUCAAAGCUGUCGCUGCUUGUGAUGCAUUUUCCUCGACUUCGACUAGUCUGGUCACGUAACUUGUAUGCAACUGCUGAAAUAUUUGCAUCGCUCAAGUCAAAUCAAGAUGAACCUGAUUUAGAGAAGGCAAUGAGAGUGGGUGUCCCUUCUGAAGAGGGCAUUAUUGCGGAUGACGUCAGAGCUGAAACUUACAACACAUCUGCCGUUGAAUUCCUGAGACGGCUACCUGGAGUAACAGAUUCCAACUAUAGAGCUUUGAUUGAUGGCUGUAAAAGUCUAGCCGAACUUGCUCUUCUUCCUAUCGACAAGCUUGCAGAACUAAUGGGUGGUCAAAAAGCUGCCCGUACCCUGAGAGACUUCCUUGAUGCCAAGUUUCCAACAAUGCCGUGAGAUUAUUGAAACUUAUUUUUAUCAAUUCUACAUUGUUUUCUCUAGUGGCGGCCCGAGUAAGACAUGGAUAGAGAACCCCUCGACCAAAGAGAGGACCUUCCGAUGUUUAUUCUACUCAUUGAUUAACACAUCACUCAGUUAUUCCAUUUGUACUUGUAUUAAUGACUUUGAAUUUUUGACUACUGAAAAAUUCUGCAUUUUUU